GGCAUGAAUAUCCUUUUGGAAUUAAAAUGAGCCACAUUCGUGACACUUUGCCCCUGACCCAGGGGUCAAAGGAUGGGGAUUGCCCUCUGGAUCUUCAGGGAGCCUUCCUAAUAGAACAGUUGCCCCGUGAGCAUCAGUGUCAGUUCAUUCUCAAGCCAAGUCGACUGACCACUGGGCAUCAGUUGAAUGAGUUAAGCCAAAAGCCAUUUAAACGGAAAAGAUCAAUUAUAAACUGGGCCUUCUGGCGAGAGACAGGUGCUCCAGUGGACCAUUUAGUUCCAUCUCCAACAUCUUCCAAAGCAGGAAAGCUGUUUGGCCUUUCCCUCUCGUCCAUCUGUGAGAAUGAUAAUCUGCCCAAACCCGUCUUGGUAAGUCUCUUCGACAUCCUGAGCAGAAUGAUGGGAACUCUCUGGCUAAAGAUGUGCACAAGUAGUCCUGGAACACAUUUGGGCUGUUGAGAAUAUGUAGCAGUCAAUCUCUUCAUUGAGAAAGU